AUGGACGAACACCAUCACCACCACCAGGCCCCCGCUGGCCAGGAGGGCGGCGACGUUAGACAGUCGCAGGUCUUUUCCGGAAGCUACGGCGGUCACGGAGGCUACCCGGCAUCCAGCUCCGGCUCGAUGCCGCACAUGGGCAGCAGCUCCCAUGCCGGCGCCAUUUCUGCCCGUCGCCACAGCCGCAGCGACAACGGCGAGCCCGAGGAUUUGUUCCCUAACAUCCCCGAGGCCAAGAAGCGUAAGUUCAUUCUCGUCGAGGACAAUGUCCGCGGUUCGCGUCUGCGUGUUAGAGUCACGCUCGACGGUGUCGAUACCAAGGAAAUUCCCGACUCCUUCCGCAAGGGCGCUUCCGUCUUCCCGCGGUCGUACUUCCCACGCGAGAUGCAGAGCCCGCCGCCGUCUGCCACCGGCACCAAGUUCUUCCAGGAGGAUGCCGAUGAGGAGGACGAUGGUGUUGAAGACACCGAGGGCCGUAGCUCCCGCCGAGGCCGUGGAAACAGCAAGUCCAUGGUCAAGGUUCCGAUUGGCGAGAACACCGAAGGCGAGGUCGCCAUUCCCCGCAUGAGGAAGAGUGUCCGAGGCAAGGAGGUCCGACUCAACGACCUCGGAUACCGCAUGGCUUGGCUGCAGAGCAGAGUCUUUGCGGGACGGACAGUCUUCCUCCAGAGAGCUCGAGUUAUAGUGGACUGCUACCGCAACAAGACCCGUACUGCCAUUGAAUCCAUCAUGCAGGAUGUCAAGACGCUCGUUCCUCACUUUGAGACGCGUGUCGGCAAGCGGAAGUGGAACGAGAGAAUGAGAAAGGGAGAGGCUGAUGAGUAA